AUGGAUAGAGUAUUGGGUGGGCUAUAUAUUGGAUCUUACCUAAGUUUAACAGGUAGCGAGGAAAAUUUCUUUGAACAGAACCAUAUAACCCAUAUAGUUUCAGCUUUUAAAGGUGAAUUAUCAGAAGAUUUUCAAUCAAAGUACACUAUCAAAUCUAUCCCAGUUGAUGAUGAUGAUAUAACGAACAUAAUACAAUAUUUUGAUGAAGCCUGCAUUUUCAUAAACCAGGCAUUAUUCCCAGAUGAAAUAGAUGAGUUUUCUCGGGGUGUUAAGAAACCAUUCAAGACUUGUGUUCUUGUGAUCUGUCAAGCCGGAGUUUCAAGAUCUUCAACUAUAUUAGCUGCUUAUUUGAUGAAGAAAUACAAUUUGUCACCUGAUCAAGCCAUUCAUGCCAUACAGAGAAAAAGAUCAAUAGCACAACCAAAUGAUAAUUUCAAAGAACAAUUGGACUUAUAUCACGAAUUAGAUUGCCAACUUGAUGAAAAAAAUCCAAUUUAUAGACAAUGGCUACUACAACAUUCAUUAAAAAUAGAUCCAACAGGUCAAUCAAUUCUAUCUAAAGAUUCAACAUAUGUUGAUGAAGGGAAUGAAGAAGAUUCAAAAGCUUUAACCCAAUUGAGGUGUAAAAGAUGUAGGCAAAAAUUGGCACUUUCAACUUCAUUUGUUGACCAUAUCCCACCUUCAGAAGAUUCCAAACAAUCACAAUUCAUCAAAAAAGCAGCAAAUUCAAGACGUAUUAUUAGCAUUCAAGCUGCUUCAAACACAUGUUCACAUUUUUUUGUUGAACCUCUAAAUUGGAUGAAGAAUGAAUUGCAAGGGAAAGCUGAAAUGGAAGGAAAAUUCCAAUGUCCAAAAUGUGAAACAAAAGUUGGGGGUUAUAGUUGGAAAGGUUCAAGAUGUAGUUGUGGGAAAUGGAUGGUUCCUGCAAUUCAUUUACAACGUGCAAAAGUUGAUGAAAUAAAGUUGGGAAAUAAAUGA